AUGAGAGGCAGUGUGAGGACUCAGGUCUUCCAGUGUCACAUCAUGCAGUGUCAACAAACUGAUGUCAAAUGCCAGCAUCCUACAGGCACGGUCAAGACUAAUGGAAAGCUGUUUCAGCCUGAUGAUCACAAAUCAAACCAUCUUUCUUGCUCUACUAUUACUGGCAUCGUGGUUAGCUGUGUUUCAUUAGUUGUGAUAGUAAUAAUUGCUCUUGGCUUUGUGAUUCGCAAACAGUGUGACCGGCAGCAAGUCAGAACUAUUCUUAAAAGAGACUGUUGCUUCAGUCAGGGAAAAACAGAGACUGUUUAUUCCUACAACCCAAAAGAUAAUGACACUGACUUAGAAUCAGCCCCUUGCUCACAGGAAAAUGGAAGUGGACCAGCAGGCCAUUUAGGAAAGGAGAAUAAGAAAGGACUUUUGACAUCAGGUUAGUUUAAAAAAAAGACUUCUUAAGGCCUGUUUUAUAAAAAAAAUGUGUGGUUCCAUAUUUGAUACAGUUAAGUCUUCAAGACAGACUCCUUUAGGACCGGCAGUACAGUGUCCAUCUAAGAGUGCGGCUGUCUUAUAGAGUCAGUAUUAGAUAAAGGGAGUAAAGAAAGGCGGGGACCAACUCUAGGUGUCUGCAGUUUUAUCCAGGUCUCUUUCUUAUAAUAGUGUCCGUUAAGAAGUCAGUCAAUUGUAUCCCUGCAAUGUCCCUUCAGUUGAGGUUGUUAAAAACUUAUGCCAAAGGGAAAUUAAACAAUUAGGUCUGAUGGAAGAAUUUGAUGGCCAAGGUGGUCAGGAAUGCAAAAAACACCUGACAGUUUCAUGGGAAGGGUUAUCAUCAAUGCCCUAGGACUACAGAAAUUCCAGGAGGGUGGUUUUUAGGACAAAAGACACAACUAUUACGUGGGUUUGGCAUCCUUUAAUUGGAUAAAAAAAUUUACAAUAAUAACCGGGUGUAGAGGUUAUGUGAACAGCUAUUGGGCCCAGUGACAAAUAGCUAUAACAACUUUUGAUUCUAUCUCAGAAGCAUUGUACAUGUGAUGGAUGGAUCUUAGUUUCCAUCCCCAAUAUUCAAACUGUCUUAAGCUUUGCUGUAUGUCCUCAAUGUUGUCAUCUCAGCAAUUAACCUUUGAUUUUACCAUGUAUGCAGUCGUGCACCACCAAUAAAUAUGUUUUGUGGUACAUGUUUCUAAAAUAUGGGUUUGAUCGUACUCUAAUUCCAGUUAGACACCACAUGUAGUGUCGGCUUAUUCUAUUUUGCGAAAUGAAACGAAACAAAAUAUCUUGGAGAAGGAGAAAAAAUGCUUAGAGCGGUUUUCACUUGACUGUCGAAAGUAAUUGAGGAAUUGGUUUAGUUUUGGUUUUACUACGGCCUUUGGUUGGCUAGUGUAUUUACUUUGGUUUUGGUUUUACGAGAGUCAAGUGAAAACCGCUCUAUUAACCUAAACACAGCUUAAGACAACAUUGACAAUGUGUUUGGAAGUAAUAGUUAACGAAAAAUGACGGAUUUUUACCUUUUUCACAAAGUAGUAAUUUCAAUACAAUUACUAUUUUGCGAAAUGGCGUUUUUCAGCUUUAUUUAGCAAAUAUGUCCUUUUCGUCUGAAACAAAUUGUGUCCGCCAAUAAAAUGAUUAAUAUUUCGAAGAGUCUGGUGACUUCUCAAGUUAUUGACCGUGCUAGAACUCAUUUCGCAAAGUAGUUAAGUUCUGGCAAAAUUACUACUUUGUGAAAUGAGUUCUAGUACGGUCAGUAAAAUGAGAGGUGCCCAGACUCUGCAAAAUAUUAAUCAUUUUAUUGGUGGACUGUGGUGGUCACUGAAUCUCCUGCACUAAAAUGUGUGAUAUUAAUUAAUGAGACAGCUUCAUGUAUCAUGUGUAUACAGGCAAUAAAAAGCCAAGAGAGCUGUGCUUACCUUCUGUUGACAACAAAGACCAUUCACCAGCCCAUGACCUUACUGUUAACUCUGUAUCAGACUUCCAUGGAUUUCAGAAAAACCUCUUAAACAAAAAAAUGGAAACCAUCCCAUCACAGCCAUUUUAUUGUAACAUCUGUACCACACUUGAUGUAGAGCGACCAUUUUGGGAUGAUUACCGAACAUUUGGAGAGAAAAUUGGCCUCAGUAGAGAUGAGAUUUCAUUACUUGGACAGAAGGGACAGCCAACUCAUUGCAUGUUACAGAGGUUUAAAUCUCAAAAGAAUAGUUCCGUUGGAAAAUUUAAGGACAUUAUGGAGAACAUGGACAGGCAUGAUAUUGUUACUAUUAUUGAUGAAUGGAUAUGCUUUGAGUGGGGGAAAGAAAAUAAUCAAGCACCCCAUUGAAAUUAAUAAAAGUUCAAUUCCUUAAUAUCAUUUGCACAUUUUUGAAGCAAAUGUAUGCAUCAAACAUUAUGAAUUACUACUAUCAGCCUAAGGGAGGAAAUACUUUACAGCCAAGAGCCCAAAAGUGUUACCGCUUUUAAUUUAUUCACAUUCUUUCAUGUAGAUUUAAUCCAAUCAGAAGCCAGCUGGAAAUUGUCCUUGACUUCUGAUUGGUUAAUGUCUGUGUGAAAGAAUGUGAAUAAAUUAAAAGUGGUCACACUUUUGGGCUCCCUGCAGUAAAAUGUGACAGUGGAUUUAGACAAGAGUAUGUUUUUGCAUAGGAUUGAAUCUUGAAAAUUAAUAAUAAUGUCACAUUGCAGUAAGCUUCUUUUAAAAAAAUUUUAAAAAUUGAAAGGAAAACAUUUUUCAUAGACAUCAAAACUUUGUAGUCUAUUCAUCAAUACAAAGCAAUAAUGUUCCACACUGUACUUGCUUUUCUAUUUUUGUAUUAUGCUGCUGCCGGGCAGUAGUUGAUGUUUUUCUUUUUCAAUUAUACAGUACGAGUAUUUCUUUCAAGAAAUUGAGUCACUUCAGGGCCUUUUGGUGACUUUACUUUAACCUGUUUUUAAUGUUUGCAUAUAUUAUACAGGUAAAGGAGGUUGUUUUACUGUCAACAAUUUUAUUUUCUGUUAUUUUUCUCAUAAAUUUCUAAAAUAUUUUUCAUUGAGAGAUAUUUUUGAUACAGCAUUAAUAAUAUAAUAAUAUUAUUGUACACUUUCAAAGACAUUUUAGUGCAUUUGUAAACAGUCUGUUUUAAUGCCUGUUGUGGACACUGAACAAAUAGUAACUUUUCAAACACAAUAAUUAAAUUAUAUAUUAAGAAUUAACAAAUUGUUUGUAUGAUAACUAUUUAAACAUAAUUUUCUUUAUAUUGCCUGUAAAGGCUAGUUUUCACUAGCGACGGAGUCGUAGGUUUAAUCAGAAGUGUAGAACUUUACUAUCAAGUGAAUACAACAUUCUUAUUUUGCUUACGACUAUCGUUUAUGAUCAAGUAAAAACUAGGUUGUUGGAGUCGCAAGCAGAAGUGGAAGAACUAAAACAACCACAAAAGCAUGGGAAUGUGUUUUGUGAUUGCAGGUUUAUCCUUCCACUUCUGCUUUCAACUCCGACAUUGUGGUUUUCACUAGAUCAUAAGCAACAGAGUCAUAAGCUAGCGGAGUCAAUAGAAAAUGGAAACACUCUAAUUCUGCCGACUCUGAUUCCGUCAUGCUUAUGACUCUGCUUGCAACUCUGAUUUUUUAUUUUCCACUUAACGUCUCCAACUCUGACUUCGUCGCUGGUGAAAAACCAGCCUUAAGAAAAGGUGCUAGUAUUAUAACUAAAUUCAGUAAUGUAACAGAUUGAUGGUGACCAACAAUUUCAUUUUCUUACAAUGGAAUAUUUAAGUAAUCUUACCUAAGAUCAGGCUCUAUUUCAGCUCACUUGGUAAAUAAAUUCCAGUCAUUAAGGCAAUCCAUGUAAUAGAGGAAAAAAGAAAGCUGCUAAUAAAAUCAUAUUUAAAGUGGCUGUAACUGAACAGUGCCACCAGAGUAAAUUUCAGUGUCUUUUUUCUUUAAUACAUAUUUAAAAGAAAAAAAUAAAGAAUAUAACUAUAGAAUAUAUAUAUAUAUAAGUAACUGUAAAGUGUCAUGAGUGGGACUUCAAAAUCCAAUGUUUCAGACGCCAGUACACUGUUUUUCCCGACCUUUUAAGGGAUCAAAACAGGGUAUUGCUAAAAGCAGGCCCGUGACGGCCCCAAGGCCCAGCUGCCCAUGGCCUGCGACGGCCCCGCAAACCCGGAGGCCCGGCAGCGGCGAGCACAGAGGCCCGGCGGCCCAGUCCUGAUUUUCCACAGUUUUUUUGUCCAGCGGUAAAUCCCCGCGCAUCCACAGAUCUACAUCGAGUUUGGGCGUGCAAAAUGGACAAUGGUGAGUUUGAAUUCGUUUACCAUUUUAAUCAUUUGAAUCCUUGUUUCUGUUUGUUGCAUGUUGUUCAGAUAAGAACGUUUUCAUUCUCUGUUCAUUCAUCUCUUUACAUAAACCGAUAGAGGACUUUUCAUUACCGAACGAUGUAAGUUACUUUCAAACCAUACAGUAAAAAUCCACAACUAAGAACCUAAAAAUUAAGAACCUGUUAGCCUAAAUUGGUCGUUUAUACCCCCUAUAAACAAGAACCUAUUUAGCCUAAGAAAUUUAAAACAGGUUCUUAUUUUCUAAGAUCAUACUAGUGCAUUACAGCUGCAUUGCAAAUCAUAUUUGAAGCAAAAAAAGCAGAUUACCAUGUUGUAAAAAUGUUUUUUAAAGAAAAAUGAGUGCAAGAUAUGUAGACUUGCAAAGCAUACUAAGCAAUACGUAGAUCAGCACACCAUUAUGCAUUAAAGCUAGUAAUAAUAAUAAUAAUAAUAAUAAUAAUAAUAAUAUAAAAAUAUCUUUAAAUAAUUGAUGUAGUUUCUCUAUCAAGUUCCAGGUUAAAAAGAAGACAUUGAUGCAUACAAUAUUCAGUUACUCUGUGCCACAUUAUUUUCCUAAUGUCACUGAUACUGAGAGCCAGAUGUGUGCUUUUUAGCUUUGUUACUACUCUUUGCAAAUACUGCUGAUUUCCAAGCAGGCUAUAAUCGACAGGAAUCUUGAGUCCUUUUCCUUGACCCACAUUGUAUUGGUGUCCAAUACACUCCACCUCAACCUCUCCACAGUCACGAAUGAACUUGCACAUAUUUUUCGAAAUCUCGAUAGGUACAUGGCCACAAUUUGGCCAGAUUCAUUCUUUACUGCAACAGCAUAUUUGUCGUGGUCAUUGCUUCUUUGAUCUCGCACAUCAUCAGUUCCUGCACACUAACAGUUGAAUAUUUAAAGUAUGUGUGGUAACCUUGAACGCUUGACUCCACAAACACCUCAUGCUCUCCAGACAUUAUCGAUUUCUAGCUUGUGCCAAAUUAUGCAAACAAAUAAAGGAAAGGAAAUGGCUGAAUUUUACACUUUUUGGGUUGCUUUAGAGACUUUCUUUGCAACAACGUGUGAAGUUUGGGUGGCACCGCUGGCCAAUUGUAUUGACUUACAAGAAAACGUCAUUUCCUGUCCAGCACUAAUGUAAACACAACACAUCAGUGCUUCACUCUUUGAACAGCACAUAUGAGUCUGACAGCUUAUGAUUUCUCGAGUAAGACUUUCUUCAGCUUAGGAAAUGAAUCACACUUUCACCUGAAAAAAUAACAGAUUCCCAUUUUUGGAUAUUUUAGGGUAUUUAAAGAAUACCCAUAAAAAUCCCAAAUUUGGCAAAGUGAGACAAGUCCCAACCAGGGAAUUCCCAACCAAGUUCCCUGAUUGGGACUUGUCUCAAUCUUCCAAAUUUGGGAUUUUUGUGGGUAUUCUUUAAAUACCCUAAAAUAUCCAAAAAUGGGAGUCUGUUAUUUUUUCCUGUGUUUAUUCCAUGUUGGUUUCAAGAAGCAGCUAGAAACAAAAAGUGGCAAGCUCUUUGAGGUAUCUGCAGGUCUUUCAAAAGCAGUUGAGCUUCCUGACAAGCCCGUAAGGUAUGAAAUUUGCCAUGAUUCGUUUGCGGGGGAGAAAUACCUCGCUACUCACAUGUGAGUCAAGCAUCCAGAGCAGCUCUCAAAGUCAAAACUAAGCCAAAGCAGCUCUUUAUCGAAAACUUCACACAAAUGUGUCAACCAAGCUACUGAUCAGCAAGUAGUUGACGUAGAAAGUCUAGAAACAACAUACGAUUUGACGGAGCUAGAGGAACGUGAAUCUGGAAUCAAAAUAAACAAUCGUCGAGGGGCAAAUCAGAGGAAAUCUUACACUAGAUUUCAAGAUAAAAACUCUGGAUCUUCUACAUACCAUGAAAGAGCUUAAGACAAAAAACCUCUGGGAAAAGGUUGCAAAAAGAAGAGGGAUCAGCAAAUCAUUAGUAGUUAAAUGGAACAAAGACCGGGUAAAAAUUUGAAGCCAGCUAGCUCUCAACAAGACAAAGAAGAACAAAGGCGUAGCAAGAUCCACACGACAAAGAGGACAACUUGUGUGUCAAAAAGUAAAAAGUGAGAAGUUUCCACUAGCGGCUGCACGUGUUAUUGUGGAGUUUAAACUCAGAAGAGCAAAAGGAUGCAACAUUUCAAAGCUUUGGCUGAAAAAGAAAAUGAAGGAAAAGGUUGAGGCUUGUUAUGGAAAAGAGGCAGCUCAGAAAUUCAAAGCCAGUGACAACUGGUUUCAGAGGUUCAAAAAGUGCCAUAACAUUGCUUUCAGGAAAAGAUCAAACAAGAAAAAGAACCCAGCAAGUGAGGGUAAGGAGACAGUUCAGCGUUUCCAUAGGAAUCUAAGGGCAUCCCUGAAAACAACAAGACAGCGAAAUAAUGCUAGGCUAGAUGGCAAGUAUGGGCGUUGGCUACCACAGAACAGGUACAAUGUUGAUCAAGUACCCCUUCUGUUUGUUAUUGAUCAGGAUAAAACAUACAAAGUGAAAGGGAGUGAGCAAAUGUGGGUUUCUCAACCCUCAAGUGGCUUGGACAAGAGACAGGCUACAUUGCAGCUUUGUUUUCGUGCAGAGGGGCAACAAAAUGUCAAGCCAGCCAUUGUAUUCCGUGGAAAAGGAAAUGUGAGUACAGAAGAGAAAGCUCAAUAUGAUGAGGGGGUUGAUGUCUACUUCCAAACCUGUGCCUGGAUGGACAGUGAGAUUAACAUGCAAUGGGUAGCCAAAACACUUGCUCCAGGCAUUGGCAAGUCACCAGACGAGAAAGUUAUAUUCGCAGACAAUGUAACAUUCCAGCAGGAUAAGCAGUUCCACGAUGCUUGCAGACAUGAACUCAAUGCUAUUGUAUAUCUUCUGCCUGAAAACCACACUGACAAGAUACAACCUAUAGAUGCAGGGUUUGGUAAAAUGUACAAGACAAAAAUUGGAGAGGAGAUGAACAAGAGGCUUGAAGAGAAGGACAAUUUAGAACUGUUGCAUGACAAAAUAACUGCAAGACAGAGGAGGAUCCUCAUGGCAAAGUGGGCAUAUGCAGCAUGGAGGGAACUGGUGAGGGACAAAGAUUUUAUCAAGAGACUUUUCCAGAAGACAGGAUACUUAAUCAAGUGCUGUUGAUGGAAGUGAUGAUGAUAUGAUUAAGCCUCAAGGACUUGAAGACUAUACAUUUUAACACUGAAUUAAACCAGAUGUGUAAUGGAUCAAGUUAAAAAAAAGAACAAAGGACCAUUAAUUAUAGUGAUGGUUUAGUACAACUGCACUUUUUAAAAUAUAACUUGCAAGAAGAUUUUGGGCCCUGUUCUGAAUAUUAUUGGUACAGUUAAAGCUUUGUACAGCUCGGCAAAGCAUAAUAAAUACAUGUAAAUGUAUAAAAUGAUAUAUUCUUAAAUGGUUUUUUUGGGGGGGUGGGGGGUGGGGGGUGGGGCUGAAGAAAAUAAAAGUAUAGGCUAAUGACCAACUUGUUUGCAGCUGUGUUUUAAUUGUUUUUUCUCCAGGAUUAAGAACCCAUUUUAAGAACCUAAAUAGCCUAAAAUUCUGUUAACUACCAUUUAUAUAAGAACCUNUGGUAAAAUGUACAAGACAAAAAUUGGAGAGGAGAUGAACAAGAGGCUUGAAGAGAAGGACAAUUUAGAACUGUUGCAUGACAAAAUAACUGCAAGACAGAGGAGGAUCCUCAUGGCAAAGUGGGCAUAUGCAGCAUGGAGGGAACUGGUGAGGGACAAAGAUUUUAUCAAGAGACUUUUCCAGAAGACAGGAUACUUAAUCAAGUGCUGUUGAUGGAAGUGAUGAUGAUAUGAUUAAGCCUCAAGGACUUGAAGACUAUACAUUUUAACACUGAAUUAAACCAGAUGUGUAAUGGAUCAAGUUAAAAAAAAGAACAAAGGACCAUUAAUUAUAGUGAUGGUUUAGUACAACUGCACUUUUUAAAAUAUAACUUGCAAGAAGAUUUUGGGCCCUGUUCUGAAUAUUAUUGGUACAGUUAAAGCUUUGUACAGCUCGGCAAAGCAUAAUAAAUACAUGUAAAUGUAUAAAAUGAUAUAUUCUUAAAUGGUUUUUUUGGGGGGGUGGGGGGUGGGGGGUGGGGCUGAAGAAAAUAAAAGUAUAGGCUAAUGACCAACUUGUUUGCAGCUGUGUUUUAAUUGUUUUUUCUCCAGGAUUAAGAACCCAUUUUAAGAACCUAAAUAGCCUAAAAUUCUGUUAACUACCAUUUAUAUAAGAACCUCUUUAGGCUAACUCCUAAAAAUGUAGGUUCUUAGUUGCGGGUUUUAACUCUACUUUGAAAGUGAAAAUUUUCAAUCUCAAACUGUGGUUUGAAAACAACUUACAUCGUUUGAGAAUGGACUUCCUCUCUAUCGGGUUCUGUAAACAGACGAAUAACCAGAGAAUGACAACGUUUUUCACUUAGCAACAUGCAAGGACAGAAAGGAUCGAAAAGGAUUGAAAUGAUUAUUAAAAUGAUAAGCGAAUUCAAACUCACCGUCGUCCAUUUUGCACGCCCAAUCCGCCCACAGGCCCAAACCUGGCCAAACCAGAUGGACUGCGCGUGGAUUUACCGCUGGACAAAAAAACUGUGGAAAAUCAGGACUGGGCCUCUGGGCCACCGGGCUGUCGCGGGCCCUGGGCCGCGGGCUUGCUUUUAACAAAACCCCUCAAAACAUAGGGCGCGAUCCAUUCAACCAAAAUUUCCGGAAAUUUCGGUCCAAAACUCAAUGGAUCAGUUCGGUCCAACCGGAAAAGUUUCGAAAAAACGGGUCCACCUUUUGAGGUGGACCAUUUUUCCCGGUCGGACCGGUUGGAAUUUUGGUUGAAUGGAUCGCGCCCAUAGCCUCCCACGCAGGCGUUUUUAGGGGCGCUCGGAGGGAAGAAAUACGAGCGCCCCUAAAAACGCCUGCGUGGGAGGCUACUCAAAACAUGGUUCGAGUUGUUUUCGAGUUAGCGGGAGGUUCGAGUUAUCGAGGGUUUGAGUUACUGAGGGUAAAAUUACAAUAAAUGUAUGAAGGAAAUCCAGGGGAAAUCGAUUUUGGCUCGAGUUAGGGCGAGGUUCCAGUUAGCGAGUGUUCGAGUUAUCGGGAGUCAACUGUAAUUUGUCUGGUACUCGUAGUCCAAUCUUACGAUCUCUAUUUAAAUAUCUUCCAGAGGAGAUUAUCCUUAAAAGAUGAUUAGCAAGCAGACCUAAGUUUAGCUACAUCGUUUUCUAGUCUUUCCGGUGGUAGCCGAAAAUCAAAGACUCCGUUUACAGGGACCCGGACAAAUUUUGGAAAGGACGCCUAUGCAACCCGUCCACACAGAACCGUAAUAAUUCUGUCACAGAUUGCAGUGCUGAUUGCCUUUCAAAAAUUUGCACGGUUGCGCGGGUCCCAUGUGAACGAAAGACGGAUCGUGCAAAUGUUUUGUUCUUUCAAAAAUUUGUCCGGACUCGUCUUAGCCUGCGUGGCAGGCGUUUGGAAGGGAAGGGAAAGGUAAAGGGGGUUUUGGGUGCGAGGGAAACGCGCCUCUCGCGUUUCUCUCGCACCUAAAACUCCCUUUCCCUUCCCUUUCAAACGCCUGCCACGCAGGCUAGACUCGUCUAAACGAAGUCAAAAUCAGGGUUUUCAACUGUUUUGUAAAGUAGCGGACAUACUUCUGAAAGCACCGGACGUGAAUUUUUUCUUGGCGCCGUAAGGCGCGUCGCGAGCGCCAAAGGCGCAAGCACCUAGGGGGGUGUGGGGGCAUGCUCCCCCAGGAAAUAGAAAUAGAAUACUCAGAAACGCCAUUUCCAGCGUUUCUGGAACCAAGGAAACAGUUUCCUAGGCAAUGCUGGCGCUCACUAAAAUUCUCUUUAAAAAGUAAAUUACUGAAUGAAAAUGGUCAGUUGGUAGGGGGAGGGGGAGGGAGAAUGGCAACAACAGAAUUUUCAUUGGCUUAUCAUUGCGAAUUUAUUUGAUUUUCAAAAAAGAUGUUUGGUAACAAUUCCGUUUAAAUGAAGAGGGGAAACCAAUAAAAUAUCCCGCCGCUCAAUAAGCAAAGAAAAAAGAGUUAUAUGGCCGUUUUGAAGAAUGUAAUUGAUUAUUCUGUUAUCCUCUAGUCAGUAUGUUCAUGAGAUGCCUUAGUAAGAAAAAUAUAUAAUACAGUAGUAAAAAAAAAUCGCCAAUAUUGAUCUCAAAGUACCGGACGUGGAAUGGCAAACGACUGGACGAAACGUCCGGCCUCCGGCCUCAAAUGAAAACCCUGGUCAAAAUCACGAAAUGGCCUUGUCAGAAUUGUCAGACAGGAUUUAUGCCUUCCAUGUGUCAGUGUGAAACACGCUUGUCUCAGCAAAAUAAAUAAAAAAAUUAAAACAUGCUGAAGAAAACUAAGUUUAAGAAAUGUUAGUAGUUUUGCAUCAUGGGCAUUUUGCUUACAAUGUGGUUGAAAGCUACCCGUGGCUUUUUACAUUCGUUGUAUCGCCAAUGAGAAAAAAAUCUACUUUUUUAGCGGGUAUUUUCAGUUGUCUUAGUUUCUAUGCGGUUAUGCAAAUUUAUGCGACAAGCAAACGUUGAAUCGGCAAUGCCCAAAGACCGCAUUUCCUUGGUUUUACUUUUUAAUACAGUUAGUAAAUAUGAACCGCAGUCAGAAUAUUUAAAAUUACACAGUCACUUAAGAUAAUCGGGAAACAUUCAGCUGAACGUUACUAUUCUAUCUUUGAAUUUAUUUUCGUAUCUCCUUUAUGGCCAUAAAAGGUGUUAUUAGUCAGCAAAUUUUUCCCGACGGCAGGUGGUUCGGAUCGAUUUAGAUUUUCAUUAUGUCUUUUCGCCUUUUUUUAGCAUUUGGGACAGUCAAUCCUCGCAGACCCCGUUAAACCGGUGGUAAGUGCCCAUAUAAAGAUCGAUGUCUGCGUUUAGACAAUAAAACAUUAUUAAAAAUAAGGAUAAAGAAUGUGAAGAAUGGCAAGUCCCAACACAGAUAUAUCACCCUAGAGAGGUGUCCGAAAGAGUUGACUGUUACUGAAUUAAAAGAUGUUUUUAUUUUUGGUUUGUUUUUCCUUUUUUAUGCUAUUUGCAUACCAUGAUGUACAGGUUACAGAUCAAACUGUGGGAGGCUCUGACACCGAUCGACAUUUCUUCCACCCAAAAUAAAAACCUCGUCAGCACUCUCUAGAAGUUUGGAAUUUCGUGUCUUAAUUAAUAUGCAAUGGAAAUGCAAUGGAUUUCAAUCAGGGGAAUCCCCUGCCUCAAUUUCAUGACGAAUUUUGUUUGAAACGAAGGCACGCGUGACGAAACCCGAAGAACUCGUUUGCCUGGCAAAAUGCUAAGACGACAUGAUAAGUAAUAAACCUUCAAUCAUGGAGCUCACAGAAGUGUUUUAUCUACACACGAGGUGAGAUUAUAAGAAACGCCUUAAAUUCAUUCUUGUUCAGUAGUUCGCAUUGCACGCUUUUAGGGUUAUGUACAGUCAGUCCAGCCUGGAGGCAUGCGCCGUUUCUCACGCGAUCGUUGAUGUAUUAAAGUUUCGCAAUACUGCAGUGGGUGCGAAGAUCUGCGUCUCUGCGAAGAAAGAAGAUACAUUUGUCUAUAAUACACAUUUCUUAUCAAAUGCAGAACUGAUUUUCUCUUUGCCGCCUUUUCUUCAUCAGGGAAUGAGAUUACUAGUUCGAUCUCCAAUGUCAACAGCACGAACGAUUGUUUUUCUUCUACAAGCGAUUCUGGUGAGUUACGCUCUAAUUGUACUAGUACAAACUUAACUGUUCCCUAAAAUCCAUCAUCCAAACACAGCACAGUAUGGUUUGCGGGAUCUCAAUGCGCGAUUUAUCUUUGCUCAUACAUUUCGAUGCAUUUGUCGUAAGAAAGUAUACAACGAAUCAAUCGGUAACCUUGAGGGAAGUAUUUUCGAGGUAAAAUAUAAAAGCUUACGGUUUUAGUUUCGUCGAAUUCAGUAAGCCAACAAUUUUGAUCUGAAAAAAUGUAAAACGAUUUUCUUUGUACAUUGAGAGUAGAAUUUUUGUCAAAGAACAAGUUGUACUGUCACGUGAUUGGCUCGAUGUCUUGCUCGUUACCAGGAUUCUUUACCCACCGGGAACGAAGUUCAGCUCAUGAGAAACAACCAAGCUGAGCUCGAGUAACUGUAAAGUUAAAAUAUGAAAAAUUCAAUUUGUUAUGACAUUUCGAAAGGCGACGUGCUUUUAACUUUGUGGUUAAUUCACACCCAAACCACUUGUGACUCAUGCUGCACCACUUUUUUUUUUCACACUUGUGGACUUUUCGCUUUGAGAAAUCAUUGGAGCACUGGAUAUUUUCCUCUUAUCAUGACCAAUCAGAGCUAGGUAAAUGUCCGUGAUUUUGGUUUAAAGCACCUAAUUAUGUUAAGUUGCUGUAAAAGUUGAUUUUUUUUCUUAUUAAAUUUCUUUAUUUGCAGGUAACAGUGGGAGUAAAAUCUGCUUGUCUAAAGGAAGACUGUACAGGGCAGGCCAUUACAGUAGUCGACCCCUCAUCAGGAGAAUGUGUCUCGUGUUUCCCGUGCCCACAAUGUGAGGAAGGGCAAACGCCGUCAGUGCGAUGUGCAUCCACUGUCCCACAAGGCACAGACAUUCACUGUGUUCUCAUAGAACCAAGCCCUUCAUUGGUUUCCACUUUAGUCUUUUCUUGGCAUACAAGUAUCACUAGAACCAGCAGACAGAUAACUGCGGCCACCCACACUCAUGAACAUCCAACAGUUUCUGCCACCAGUUCAAAGGACUAUGCUGGAUCUAGUUCUUCAAUAACUGUUGACACUGAGUCAAAUGACAAAGAAAAUACAGGAUACAGUAUCAAAGAUCAUUUCAAAAUGGGGAAUAAAACAGUAGUUUACCUGUUCUGUGGUGUAUCUCUGCCUCUCAUCUUCCUGUGUAUUCUUUGUAGAUUAAGAAAAAGCAAAACUACAAGGUUCCAUCAGCCUAUUGGUAAUCAGACCACGCCCAGUUCUACAUGCUCUUUGAUGACAGGAGCAACUCCUGCUGAUAACAGUGUCCACGGUACUGUAGAUCUGCAUCAUGAAAACAGUAGAGCUUUGUAUCUUGUACGGUCCUAUACCAACAGUGGCCAGACAUUCCCUGAAGGAAAUGUCAUUCCACCAUCAUUAGAUGAUAACCAUGCACAAGGUAUGCUAUUGUUUUUUGCUUUGUUUUAAAUAAAAGAACAGAAUGACAGUUGAAAGAGAAUGGUUAUAAUCUUUCUAACAAUUGCCUGACUCCUUCACUCCUAAAACUGGCUAAUGUAAAAACAGAAAAUCAAACUUCUUUUUGUAUAUCAUCAGGAGCCCAUCAAAUUUGAUGGGCUCCUGAUAUCAUUAAUUAGUAUAAUUUUAAUAAGCCCUGGGGCUUAUAUUUUACAAGGGCCCUUUUUCAGUGGCCUAUUUUUGGAGGGGCUAAUAUUCGGAGGGGCUUAUGAACGGGGGGGAAAUUUGUGUUUCAAAAUCAAUUGGACUAGCUUGUAGUGGGAAGGAAAUUACCAUUUUUGCUUUGUUUUACUUUGUAUUCAAGGGCAAAUUCCAAGUACAAGCCCCCUGGGGGGCUUAUAUUCUGAGGGGCGAUUUAAUGGAGGGUUUUUUGCAUUACGAUUUUGGGGGGCUUAUAUUUGGAGGGUCUUAUACAAUGGAAGGGCUUAUUAUCGGAAUUUUACAGUAUAAUAAUCUGAAACGCUGCUGUUUUUACAAAGGGCUGGUGCCAGCUAAUCCAGAACUGCCUAAUGUUGCUGGUAUAGGUCUUGAUGCAGAAGGUAUGUACAAUAUCUAGUAUUAUUAUACAUUGUACUUCUUAGCUGUGUUCUCAUUGGCUAAGAGCCUACAGGUAAUUUUGAAAAUCAGCACAACCUAGAGAUUAGUUAGUUGUCUGCUAGCAGAUAACUGACUAAUCUGUAGGUUGCACCCGCAAUGCAUGCUCUUAUUUUAACUAUCAAUUCAGGUUCCUUGCGACAGUGUGUUUGUCGUUACUUUCUAUAAAACAAUGUAUAAAUAAAACAAUUAUUAGAUUUGGUUUUCUAGGGGCAAAUAAGUUAAGCUACACAACUAUUGACUGCAGUGCAAGUAUUUGUUAAGUGAAAAUAAAAGCAUGGAAAGGGAGCUUCCCCCUCUUUAUUUUUUAGACCAAAUUAAGCCCCCCACCCCUCAAUCUCAUUCAUAACCCACCAAUGGGCUUAAGCUGUACUAAAAUUGGUGAUAUUAAUGUGCAUAUAUUUUAUACAGGCAAUGAAAACUCAAGAGAGCUGUCCUCAUCUACUGUUGUCACUGAGAACCAUUCACCACUUGAUGAUCUCACUGGUAACCAGCCUGCAUCAGUCUCCCAUGAAUUUCAGAAUCGCCUCUUAACCAGAAAAAUGGCAACCAUCCCAUUACAGCCAUUUUACCGUAACAUUUGUAACAAACUUGACGUAGAGCGACCAUUCUGGGAUGAUUACCGGAUGUUUGGAGAGAAAAUUGACCUUACUAGAGAUGAGAUUUUAUUACUAGGACAGAAACAACAACCAACUCAUUCCAUGUUACAAAGGUUUGACUCUCAAGAGAAUAGUUCUGUUGGAAAAUUUAAGAUCAUUAUGGAGAACAUGGACAGGCAUGAUGUUGUUACUAUUAUUAAUGAAUGGAUAAACUAUGAGUGGGGGAAAGUCAAUAAUCAAGCAACCAUGCAUACUGUAGUUUAAAUCUUUGAGAUGGCUAUAAUAUCUAUACUUCAAAUAAACAAGCAGUGAUCUAGAUAAGGUCAUACUAUCAGCUGAGGUUGAAAACUUUAGGCAAAGCCAGGUGUUUCAGAUUUGAUAAAGCGUUGUAAACUGCAAGCGAGUAUUGCGCUGAAUAUUUUCAUUCAAUAAUUCUAUCAAUAAUUAUGAUAAGUAAAGUUUUACAGUAAAACUGUAAAUCGUAGUUAAUGGAGCAUGCGAUGCCAGAGCUCCCGCGGAUUGUUAUCGUUAAGUGCAGAGCAACUCAUGCCAUGCAACGAGCCAUGAAUGUGCAGUAGUAUGAUAUCUUUGUCUCAUCGUAGUACAGUGGUACAGACCGGUACCAAGGUCAAAAUUUAAUGUUGCAACGCUGUCUGGUAAGUUUGUAA